GAAAACAAAACCAAACCGCAUAAUAUAAUAGUAGAAAACUACAGUACCAUUAUCUAAUUUUAAUUUCUCCAAUUUCCACUCUUUUGACUCUUGCCGGAAGUUGAUGGGCAUAAAAAUUGGAGUUUUUGUGAUCAGAUUAACUGAUUGAAUUCAUCCUUCACCAUUUUUUAUGGUUGGUAUGUUCUUCAUUUCUUUUAUUUAUGUCUUCAUAUAAUUUUAUAUUUUUCGGUCGGUGGUGUUUCAUUAUCUAAAAUAUGUCACUUUAUUAGAUAAUUUUUGCAUAAUUUUAUGUGCAAUUAUCAUAUUUGUAUGAUUUAUUUUAAUGUUCAUCAAUCUUCAACUGGGUUUUUAAUAGAAUUCUAGUUUCUUGCCCAUAAUUCUCCAAGUUUGAAUUUUUCUGUAUGUAAUUUUCUGGGUUAUCAAUUUUUUUUCUGGUUGUUAUCUGGGUUUUCUUGAAAUUGUGGAAAUGGUGAAUGCUAUUGGGUUUGCUCCAUUAAGCUAUGGAAUAGAAUCAUCUUACCCUAGGUGGCAAGACCUUGUUGCAUUUAAAAAAUUGAGGAUUGAAGCAUGUUCUAGGGUUUCAAUUACUCAAACUAGUGAUAAAAAGCUAAAAUACAUAGUCCCAAUUCGGAGUAAAGCCAGAGAGUUUAGGCUUUUUAACUCGGUCGAGUUGGACCGGGUUUUGACUAGUGUGGAUGAGGAUGAAAUGAGUGAAGGGUUCUUUGAGGCAAUAGAAGAAUUAGAACGGAUGGCCCGAGAACCGUCUGAUGUUCUUGAAGAAAUGAAUGACCGGCUCUCGGCCCGAGAGCUGCAGCUGAUGUUGGUGUACUUUUCACAAGAGGGGAGGGAUUCUUGGUGUGCAUUAGAGGUGUUUGAGUGGUUGAAGAAAGAGAAUCGCGUUGAUAAGGAGAUGAUGGAGUUGAUGGUGUCAAUCAUGUGUGGGUGGAUUAAGAAUAUGAUUGAAGCUGAAAAGGAAGUUGGGGAAGUGGUUGAUCUUUUGGUUGACAUGGAUUGUGUUGGUCUGAAACCCAAUUUUAGCAUGAUGGAGAAGGCCAUUUCUGUGUACUGGGAUUCGGGGAAGUCAGAUCAAGCAGUUUCUUUUGUCGAGGAGGUUCUGAGACGCAGAAUCCUGUCUUUAGAGGAUGGUGUGGAUGAUAUACACAGGGGAGGCCCUGCUGGCUAUCUUGCUUGGAAGAUGAUGGAGAAAGGAGAUUACAGAGAUGCUGUUAGAUUGGUGAUUCGCUUGAAGGAAAGUGAAUUGAAUCCUGAAAUGUACAGCUAUCUCAUUGCAAUGACAGCUGUGGUGAAAGAGUCGAAUGAAGUUGCAAAAGCAUUGCGUAAGUUGAAGGGUUUUUCUAGGGCUGGUCUAGUUGCUGAGUUAGAUGAAGAAAAUAUUAGGCUUGUUGAGAAGCAUCAGUCUGAUCUUCUGGAUGAAGGGAUCCUACUCUCAAGCUGGUUGAUCAAGGAGGGAAAUACUUCAGUGCUUAGUUCAGUUCAUGAAAAGCUUCUUGCUAUGUAUAUUUGUGCUGGUCGUGGGCUUGAUGCCGAAAAACAGUUGUGGGAAAUGAAGCUUUUAGGUAAGGAGGUUGAGAGGUACUUCUAUGACAUAGUUUUAGCUAUCUGUGCCUCUCAAAGAGAAGAUGGAGCUGUUUCUAGAUUGCUGACUACAUUGGAAGCUACAAGCUCUUCAUCUAAAAAGAAAACUUUAACAUGGUUGCUUCGAGGCUAUAUCAAAGGUGGCAAUUAUGUGGAUGCUGCAGAAACAUUAGCCAGAAUGCUUGAUUCUGGAUUGCAUCCAGAUUUAUUGGACAGAAUUGCUGUUCUGCAGGGUCUCAGGAAAAAGAUGCACCAACCUGGGACUGCAGAGAUCUAUCUAAGGCUUUGCAAGCGCCUGUCAGAUGCCGACUUGAUUGGACCUUGUCUCGUAUAUAUGUACAUAAAGAAGUAUAAGCUUUGGAUUGUGAAGAUGAUUUAGGUAGUGUAUGGUAGAGGAGUUGCUCGCAAAAUGUUUGUGUUUGCAAAUUUUGCCUAUGUCGAAUCCUAUGACCUGAGAGUUCCAGGAGCGCAGGAAUUACUUUAGAAUCAAGGUACAAAGUGUAAUUUCAAUGCCUAGAAUGUUAUGUGUGUAAAUUAGAUGUAUAUCAAUAUAUGUGUAUAUAUAUAUGUGUGUAUAUCAUCAUUGUUCUUGACAAUACCAAGUUAUGUUACCUGUGCUUAUAUGUGUUAAAGAAAGAUGGAAAAGAAUAGACUACUUGUAUUUACAUGUUAA